AUGCCAGGCCAGGCCUCAGCCAACCAGGACCCUGUGUCCCCAGCCCCUUCUCAGCCUGCAUCCAUGGCCUCUCCAGAAGCACAGAAGACUGGAGCGGCCCCGGCCGAGGAGAACCAAGUCGGCACGGGGACCGAGAAAAUGGGAGCUCCUGCCCCCCCGUACCGGAAGUCCUGGCUGGCGCGGCAUUUCUCACUGCUGCGGAGAGACAGGCAGGCCCAGAAGGCAGGGCAGCUCUUCUCGGGGCUCCUGGCCCUCAAUGUGGUGUUCCUGGGUGGAGCCUUCAUCUGUAGCAUGAUCUUCAACAACGUGGCUGUCACGCUGGGCGACGUGUGGAUCCUGCUGGCCGCCCUGAAGGCCCUGUCCCUUCUCUGGCUCCUCUAUUACGCCACCUGCACCACCCGCCACACACACGCCAUGCUCUUCCGGGACCCUCAUGCAGGAUCCAUUUGGGUGCGGGGCUCCCUGGUGCUCUUCGGCAGCUGUGCCAUCUGCCUGAACGUCUUCCGAGUGGGCUACGACGUGAGCCACAUCCACUGCAAGUCGCAGCUGGAACUCAUCUUCCCCGUCAUCGAGAUUGUCUUCAUCGGCGCCCAGACCUGGGUGCUCUGGAAACACUGUAAGGACUGUGUUCAGGUCCAGACCAAUUUCACUAGGUGUGGCCUGAUGCUGACCCUGGCCACAAACCUGCUGCUGUGGGUUCUGGCUGUCACCAACGACUCCAUGCACCGCGAGAUCAAGGCUGAGCUCAGCGCCCUUGUGGAAAACUUCUCAGGCAAUGACACCAACACCUGCGUGUGCCUCAAUGCCACGGUGUGCGAGGUCUUCCAGAAGGGCUAUCUGAUGCUCUACCCCUUCAGCACCGAGUACUGCCUCAUCUGCUGUGCCGUGCUCUUUGUCAUGUGGAAGAACGUGGGCCGCCGCCUGGCACCCCACGCAGGUGCCCGCCCCGGCACGCCUCCCUUCCACCUGCACGGGGCCAUCUUCGGGCCACUGCUUGGCCUGCUGGCCCUGGUGGCAGGCGUGUGCGUCUUCGUGCUCUUCCAGAUCGAAGCAAGUGGCCUCGCCAUCGCACGCCAAUACUUCAUCCUCUACUAUGCCUUCUACGUAGCCGUGCUGCCUGCCAUGAGCCUGGCGUGCUUGGCGGGCACGGCCAUCCACGGGCUGGAGGAGCGAGAGCUGGACACGCUCAAGAACCCCACCCGCAGCCUGGACGUGGUGCUGCUGAUGGGCGCGGCGCUGGGCCAGAUGGGCAUCGCCUACUUUUCCAUCGUGGCCAUCGUGGCCACUCGCCCCCACGAGCUGCUCAACCGCCUCAUCCUGGCCUACUCGCUGCUGAUCAUCUUGCAGUACAUCGCCCAGAACCUCUUCAUCAUCGAGGGCCUGCAUCGGCGUCCGCUCUGGGAGACGGCAGGGAAGCAGGAGGACGAGCCGCCCCGCCGGGGCUCCCUGCUGGAGCUGGGCCAGGACCUGCGGCGGGCCUCGCUGGCCUACAUCCACUCCUACAGCCACCUCAACUGGAAGCGGCGGGCGCUCAAGGAGAUCUGUCUCUUCCUCAUCCUCUGCAAUCUCACAUUGUGGAUGAUGCCCGCGUUUGGUAUACACCCGGAGUUUGAGAACGGGCUGGAAAAGGACUUCUAUGGCUACCGGACUUGGUUCACCAUCGUCAACUUCGGUUUGCCUCUGGGGGUCUUCUACCGUAUGCAUUCUGUUGGAGGGCUGGUGGAGGUCUACUUGGAGGCCUGAGGCUGCCCAAGGACCCACCCCUGGCAGAACACCAAAGUGCCAAGGCUGGGCAGAGGGUAGCCCAGAGUCUCUGAG